UUUGCUACAAUUCUUCUGUUCUGCAAUCCUGUAUAUCCUGAAAGACUUUGGGAGAAGUAUUUUUCAACUCUUACUGAUGAUUUUUAUUUUCAGAUUCUUAAUAAUACUAAUGCUACACUUACAGAUACUAAUAUUUCCAAUCAAGCUUUAUUGUAUUUACAGUCUAUUUUAAAUAAACAUGAAAAAUCUCUUUCUGAUUUUUCUAAUAUGCCUUUACCAACUAUCUCUCCAACUUCCAACAUUCUUAAUCAUCUAAUUGCAAAAGAACUUAAUUAUAAUAUUGAAGAACUUACACAAAUAAUAGAACAUGGA